AUGUGUUUUCCACACAAGAAUGAAGAUCCAAAACCACCAAAAAUAGUUGAAAAACUUCAAACUGAAAUUAAUCAGUUGAACAUCGAGUGGGGACAGGCAUUUAAAGAUCAAUUGCAGGAAAAUCAAAAACUUCGCGAUCAACUGCAGGAAUAUCAAACGUUUAAAGAAAAACAUCUUCAAGAUAUUCAAGAUAUCGUUGAAAUACUAAUUGAUGGAAUGAUAACAAGAAUUGAACGUGAUACAGAUGGUGAAAAACGUGAAUUAUUAUCUGAUGAUGGUAGUGAAGAAGAACGACCAAAAAAAAAGCUCGCAUCAAUUGAUAUAUUAAUAUAA